GAGCCCCAGGCCCAAGGAUAAUGAUGUGUUGUUUCUUGGUAGCAUAAUUUGUCACACGUAUAUUUCUUCUUCUUCUUCUCUUGCAGAAAGCACAGCUCCUUCUCAUACACUCACACACUUCUAAUUCAGGAGAACAAAUGAUCACCGACAACAAAAUAAAAUGUAAAAAUAGUAUCUGCAUGAGUUGGAAUCAAUGAUCAUUUUGGGGCAUCGACCAUAGCCUUUAAAAGAAAAAAAGGAUUUAUUUUAAAAAGAAAAGGAAAACACAGGGAAGUCAAGUGAGGAUCAUAAGGAGCCGAAGCUUACUUUUUUUGUCAAGAGUCAGGUGGCUUAUCGGUAAGGAAGUCAUGUCCAGGUCUGGCGAUAGAACAUCCACCUUUGACCCUACUCACAGCGACACUCUGCUGCACGGGCUCAAUCUCCUGUGGAGGAAGCAGCUUUUCUGUGAUGUGACACUCAUUGCCCAGGGACAGCAAUUUCACUGCCACAAAGCAGUACUGGCUUCCUGCUCUCAGUAUUUCAGGUCUCUCUUCUCUAGUCAUCCUCUCAACAACGAGGGGAUUUCGAGUAAGGAGCAGGGGAGCAGCGGAACUCCCUCUUCUUCUCCAGACGAGAAGCUCCUGGCGAGUCCCAGAUCUAUCAACAACCUGGUGCUGCAGGGUUGCUCCUCCAUCGGACUGAGGCUCGUCCUGGAGUAUCUAUACACUGCCAACGUGACCCUCUCCCUGGACACCGUGGAAGAGGUGCUGUCCGUCAGCAAGAUCCUCAGCAUUCCCCAGAUCACCAAGCUCAGCGUUCAGUUCCUCAACGACCAGAUCUCAGUGCAGAACUACAAGCAGAUCUGCAAGAUCGCUGCUCUCCACGGACUGGAUGAGACCAAGAAGCUGGCGAACAAGUAUCUGGUGGAGGAUGUACUGCUGCUGAACUUUGAGGAGAUGUGCGGCAUGCUGGACUCGCUUCCUCCCCCGGUGGAGUCGGAGCUGGCUCUCUUCCAGAUGUCGGUGCUGUGGUUGGAGCACGACCGUGAGACGCGCAUGCACUACGCUCCUGACCUGAUGAAGAGGCUGCGCUUCGCCCUCAUCCCAGCCACCGAGCUGGUGGAACGCGUGCAGUCCGUCGACUUCAUGAGGAAUGACCCCGUCUGCCAAAAGCUGUUGCUGGAUGCCAUGAACUACCACCUGAUGCCCUUCAGACAGCACUGCCGGCAGACUGUGGCCAGCAGAAUUCGCUCCAACAAGAGAAUGCUGCUGCUGGUUGGAGGCUUGCCGCCUGGCCCAGAUCGCCUGCCAAGUAAUCUGGUCCAAUACUACGACGACGAGAAGAAGACAUGGAAGAUCCUCACAAUAAUGCCUUAUAACAGUGCUCAUCACUGCGUGGUUGAGGUGGAGAAUUUCCUGCUAUUGAUUGGUGGAGAAGAUCAAUGGAAUCCAAAUGGAAAGCACAGUACUAAUUUUGUGAGCCGCUAUGAUCCAAGAUUCAACAGUUGGAUACAGUUACCACCAAUGCAGGAAAGAAGAGCCAGUUUCUUUGCAUGCUGCUUGGACAAACACUUGUAUGUAAUUGGAGGAAGGAACGAGACAGGAUACCUGUCCAGCGUGGAGGCUUAUAACCUCGAGACCAAUGAGUGGAGCUACGUGUCCUCGCUGCCGCAGCCCCUAGCAGCCCAUGCGGGAGCCGUGCACAAUGGCAAAAUAUACAUCUCAGGGGGAGUACAUAAUGGAGAGUAUGUAUCCUGGCUGUACUGCUACGACCCGACCAUGGACGUCUGGGCCAGGAAGCAGGAUAUGAACACAAAGCGAGCUAUUCACGUCCUGGCAGGAAUGAAUGAUCGCCUUUAUGCUAUUGGUGGGAACCAUCUGAAAGGUUUUUCCCACCUUGAUGUCAUGCUGGUAGAGUGUUACGACCCUAAAGGGGACCACUGGAACAUCCUGCAGACUCCCAUUCUGGAAGGGCGCAGUGGGCCAGGCUGCGCUGUGCUUGAAGACAGUAUUUUCUUGGUUGGCGGAUAUAGCUGGAGCAUGGGAGCAUACAAGUCAUCCACCAUCUGCUACAGCACAGAGAAAGGCACCUGGACCGAGCUGGAGGGCGACGUGGCCGAGCCACUGGCAGGACCCGCUUGUGCCACCGUGGUUCUGCCAGCCUGCCUGCCCUUCAAUAAGUAACAUCUGCCGUGCCAGCCGUGCCAGGCGUGCCGGCCCCCCCUCCGCUGACAAAGAUAAACACCUUUUCUGCUGAAUGACAGGCCUAGAUUAACUAGAUGAACAGGAAUUGUACACUUUUUUACCAGAUUGACACAUACUAAGGUUCCAAGGUUGAUCAUCUACAUUAAAAUUUGAAAAAUAAAGAUAAAACACUAUUAAUUUACUUAAUGUGUAUGAAUAUAAUUUGUGUUUUCAGAGAAUGUUCUAAUUUGUUAUAUUCUUUCAGCAAAAUAAGUGUUGGCAUUAAAUGCAACAAAAUUCAUACAUUUAUACUGAAUUACAAUAGCUUCCAACAUUUAAUUUGUAACAUAAAAUGUUUUAUGCCUACGUACAAAUUAAGUACAAAUCACCAGCCAAACUUGUUGCACUGUUUCAUUAUACUAUUGACUUAUUGACCAUUGACAUUGUACAAACCUGCAAAGCAAAAUUCCAAUUACUCUGUAUUUUAGCUUCUUUUGUUUCCAUUAAAUUAUACACACGUCACACAAAUGUGUGUGAACCUUAAGGUGGGGCAGAACCUAAUAUCUGACCAAGCUUGUGCUUUUGGGCUAAAAACUCACUGCAAGUGUUAUGAAAUGGUUCCAACGUCCAACUGGAUCUUUUAACUGUGUGCCCCUGUGUUGAAAAUGUACCACUUACAACCCUUUACCAUAAUCGUCAGCCUCUUACAUUGUAUGAACAAAAAUAUUUAUGGAAGCAAAAAUUUUAAUACUGAAACAUUAGUCGCAAAGCAGACUUUAAAAUAGAGGCGUUAAUAGCUUUCUUUGAAAUAUAAUAUUAUUUCAACUGGAGUAAAGACUAAUAUUUCCUUGCCUAGCAUCUAUAUAAGUGUCUUAGUGUAUAUAAUAUAAGCUUGGUAUUUCUCUUCUGUUUAAAAAAUGGUGUUUUAAUUCCCACAAAUUAUAUUUCUGUAUACGUUCAUGUCAUUGCGGAGCGCAUUGAGUUUGUGAAAAUGCUCCGCGAUUCAAAAUAAAACUCUGAUCUGAGUUUUUUUUUUGUUUUUUUUUUUGAGAACAUCUAAUUGUUAACAGUAUUACGAUGUUACAUUACUCAUGAACUCCUGAAUUUAAAUGACUCUAAGCUUAAUGCUCAGUAGGUUGUGAUACAACAUAGAACUUUGCAUACGUACUCGCUACGUUUUUGUUCGUCAUUUGUAAACCACUCCCAGUUCUGAAAUAA